CCGUCAAGUUUCGACAGGUAAUUGUACACACCCUCCUCUGCGUGAAACAGGUGAUAGAUAAUAAGGAAGUCGCGGAACCUGCCUCCGACCGCCAUCGAAAUGUUCUAAUUUGCGAUUUUGACAAGCAUGCCAAGUCUUUUUCAGAACAUCCAGUAGUUUACCGAAUUAUUAAUAUUUUCGGUAUUUAUAAAGGGACAUGCGGCUCUUCAGAACUUGCGCUUCCGUGCUCCUGGGAAUUCUAACUUCGCUGCUUUUCAACCGGUCAGAAUGUCAGCCUGCGACCGUCAACCCUGACAUGGGCACCUCCGCGAGGGUGUCCACGAGCAGUCCACUCCCUCACCCCACUAACGGUUCCCUCUCUCAGUCCACAACUGGCCCUCUCCCUCAGUCCACCACCAGUCCUCCUCCACCUCCUCCAUCUCCUCCUCCUGAGUCUGUGACGACGCUAGAACCACGGGAGGAUGAAGUGACCACAACUGUGCCAAUAGCUACAACCAGUCCACCGACCAAAAAGGGUAGGACCAUGUCGGUUACCCCUGACCCCAACACCAUCGUCUUCAUCAGGAGGGACGUCAAAGGCCCCAACUGUCAAGUGUGUGUAGGGGAGGAUCCUGACAAGACCUGCAACGCCAAAGAGCUUGUUCUGAGAGACGCUUCCAUCACCUCGGUGAGCUUCACCUGCCUCCGGCCACAAGACGUCUUCAAGGUGGAGAUCAACAGGGAAAUAGACUGCACAGAAGUCACCUGCAGCAACAACAUCGUCCGGACAGAGUCCCUCCUCUUCCCGGACUUCAACAGAACCUUCACCUGGGACCCGAAGAUCAUGGUAACCACCCGGGCCUUCCAGCUGGACUUCCCAGAACCAGGAAUGAGGCAGAUUCCCAAUUCCGAAACUUGUCCCGAUGAGCACAUGUACCACAUCAUCGCGUACCAGCGCACAGGGCCGGCCACCAUUGGGACCUUCUGCCGCGACGGAGGCAUCACCAGGAUCCAGGUGCUGUACAAGGGGCGUGUGUCCCUGGAAGUCCCUGGGGACAGGAAACUGGAGCCUGUGGACUUCAAGGUCUCUGUUGGGCCUCAGGCUGAUGUGCUGGCCACGAUCCAAGUAGCUCUUCCUCGCGGUGUGUCCAACACGGACUUCAUCUCAGCCAACUAUCCCAAGGACUUCCCGAGUCAGCAGAAGAUGAGCUGGGACUUCCUGGUUCCAGGAAUGCACAGCUACACCAUCAUCUUCCCGGACGUCACCUCGCCACAGUGCCUCAAGAACCAGGUGGGCGUGGAGUACCUGACGGAGGGCAAGAAGGCUCCCGACAGGACCGCCCUGAUGGACCCCCAGCCUGCUCAUCGCCAAGGCAACUUCGCCAUGACCCUGCAGAACUGCGAGACCAACCGCACGGUACAGGGCCUGAGACUGAGCUUCAGGAUCUCUGUGAUGAGGAGUGGACACCCAGUUCUGUGCACGGUGGAUUUGACGCAGAAGAGAGGUCUGACUCUCAGCAUUGCCAAGAGGGGCUCGGAUCCCUACUGUGAGAUGAGUAAGGAUUCUGUGGUCUCAGAGAAUAUCACCAUUCCCUCAGGGACAAAAGCCAGCCUGUCCUUUCUUGACUGCCCCAGUGAAGAUCUGUUUCUGACAGCCACCGAAACCAUAGUGUGCAAGGCCAGGUCAUUGUGUCCUGACGUGGUCCUCGCUAUCCCUGGCCUGGACACCUGCCUCCCCAUGCCCCUCCAGAGCUUCAGCUGGGAUCUCCAGGUCCCGGUCAAAGGCACCGUGGGGCUGCAGUCUCCCGAAGGAACCCUCCGGCAUUCCUUACCGGGGCAGGAGUGUAACGGCACAGUCUCCCUCUUGUUGACUGAGAAGCACGGGGUGUCCAUGGGCCACUUCUGCCCCGGAGGCAUCAUCAGUAAAGUCCAGGUCCGCUCCAGUGUGACCGUCACGGCCUCGUCCAAGGACCUCAGCCUGGCACGCAGGCCGCUGCUCAACGCCACCUUCACCGAGGAAAUCUCAGACAGCAUCAUAUACUCGGUCAGCCCCAGGGUGGGCGACCCUUCCUUCCUCGCCACCCCCAACUGGCCCGGGGGCAUGGCCCCCUCCUCCACCAUCGCCUGGAUCGUCUCCCUGCCCGACCAGUGCGAGGCCGACCUGCGCUUCAUCAACAUCAGCCAACCCAAGUGCGAGGAGACGCACACCUGCAUCAGGGUACAGACCCUGGGGUCUCUGGAGGAGAUGCUGAGCCGGAGGGAGGACGAGGCAGCGGCCGACAAGCUGCUGGUUUCUGGGAGCUUCUACCUCAAUAUGACCAACUGCCUGGUCAAGGACGGCCAGUUCAGCGUGCUCACUAGAGUCACGGUGCAGAAGAAGAGCAGUAUCCUCCUCAGCAUCAUUCUGGGUUCUGUGGGAGCGCUGCUGCUCCUCCUCAUAGCCCUGGCUGUGAUCUGCCUGGUGAUAAAGAAAAGGAGGACUAUGAUAAAAGAGCCGUCCAUCUACAUCGGGAAAGGCAACAUCUUCCUCCCUGGCGACGGGAUGUUUCCUAAAACCCGCGCUGACAACGAUUCCCACGUCUACGCCUCCAUCGACGAGACCAUGGUCUACGGACACCUGCUUCAGGACCAAGGUUACAUGGAAAACAUCCAGGAACACAUCCAGGGAAUACCUGUGGACUCCUACCGGACUUUCACAGGUCAGGUCGACAUACCCCCGGUGAUCCUAGCGACCAGCCCAGAGCAGGAGCUUGACCAUCGGCCGGAGAAAGACAUUUACAGACCCUUCCUGGACCCGGCUGAGAGCUUUCACCCCGCCAGGCCCAGGACCCCCAUAGGGCGUCAGGACAGCCUGGGGUUCGAGGAUCGCAGGAUGGUGGACAAUGAGCUGUACACGUUCAAGAACACUGGGGAUAUAAACAAGAUCCGUCUGUCGGCGGAAUUGCAACCAGAACCAGGGGUGGACGGCCAGGACUUGGACUGGGAGGACUCGAUGUAGCGUGACGGUUUGGGGGGGGGGGGGGAAUGGAACGCUGUUACUCAUUCACCUCCCACCGGCUGCGGAUCAGAACCAAACGGCAGUUGGUAUCCUUUCAAAUACUUUGUUAGUAUUUGAAAGGAUGAGGGACUGGAGGGUCGAGUGGGUGGGAUUAAGCAUUUUUUGGGAACGUUUCCACUGGUUUUGUUAUUGCAAGGCAACCUCAGUCCAGCACCGACAUGACAUGUUUUCAAAGAGUGUCAAGCGGUGUCUGGCGAGAGGAAAGAUGCUGCAGUGCCUUAUGGCGACUCAGGGACACAUCUACUGCAUCAGGACGAUUAACUGCAGUUUUUAUAAGUAAACUCUGCCACAUUUCUGUUUUUAGAUACCUAGUCUAUUUUUAUUUUAUUUCUUAUGUACAAUGGUAUGUUUUGUAUAGUUCACUUAACUAGCCUACCUACUUCAUGUUAGUGAUUCCUGGAGUGAUUUUGUUUGUAUUUCCUUGAAAUGGAUGUAUUGUGCUGUAGCAGAGUACUUUUUAUUGACACCAAGUGAUUUUAAAUGGCAGUGUUUUGUCUUGUGCUCUUUUUGGUAUCUGUAAAUGUUUUCUGUUUGAAACUAAACUGC